UUUACAUCACAGCAUCAAUCACCAUAUUCAUCCACCAUCAUGACUGUCUCAGACGAAGAUGACCCCGAAGCCCUCACCCAGCAAGACACCUCCCAAUCCUCCAUCGCACCCCCGAACACGAUCUGGAAAGAAAUUCCCUUUGUGACCGUCGUCUGCAUGGCCCAAUUCAUGACUCAAGCCGGUCUUGCCUUGUCCAUCCCCCCAGUAUACCUCAUCGGCUCCAGUUUCGGUACUUCCAUCGCAGGCGAGCUCAGUUGGUUUACUGCUGCUUACAGCUUGACUGUGGGCACAUUCAUCCUUUUUUCUGGCCGGCUAGGUGAUGUAUAUGGUCAUCGGCUCAUGUUCAUUGCUGGAUUCGCCUGGUUCGGUUUGUGGUCGCUUCUGGCUGGCUUCAGCAUCUGGUCAGGUCAGAUAUUUUUUGACUGCUGUCGUGCCUUUCAAGGAAUAGGUCCUGCCAUGGCUUUGCCCAAUGCCCUUGCUAUCCUGGGCCGGACAUAUCCCCCCGGGACGCGGAAGGAGAUGAUCUUCUGUCUGUUCGGGGCCACCGCGCCCAGUGGGUUUGUUGUCGGUGGUGUCUUUGCUUCCCUUCUCGCCCAGAAUGUAUGGUGGCCCUGGGCGUACUGGAUCAUGGGUAUUGUGUGCUUUAUAGUGGCAUUUUUGGGUGUUCUGGUGAUCCCUCGCACUCCUCAGUCCAAAUUCAUGGAUAACCACUCAUUCUGGGUCCAACUCGACCUUCUUGGAGCGACCACAGGUAUUUCUGCUCUGAUCCUGCUCAACUUUGCAUGGAAUCAAGCAGCUCUAGUUGACUGGAUGAAUCCAUACACUUACAUCCUGCUCAUUAUCAGCUUUGUCCUGCUCGCUGUCUUUGGUCUGAUUGAAUGCACUGCUAUCUGUCCGUUGCUUCCCCGCUCCAUCUUCACUGGUGAUCUGGCAUGGGUACUUGGUUGCAUUGCUGCUGGAUGGUCUAGCUUCGGUAUUAUAAUUUACUAUUUCUUUCAGUUCUUAGAGGUUAUCAAGGGUGAUACGCCUCUGCUCACCAUAACUAAAUACGUGGCCGCGGCUCCGUCCGGUGCUGUUGCGGCUUUAGUGACUAGCUUCUUGCUUGGUCGUGUUUCCCCAAGUGUCAUUAUGUUCUGUGCUAUGGCCUUCUUCACAGCUGGAUUGUCCAUAUUCGCCACAGUCCCUGUUGAUCAGACUUACUGGGCGCAGACGUUUGUUGUCAGUUUGAUUUUGUCUUGGGGGAUGGACAUGUCCUUCCCAUCUGGCACUCUCAUCCUCAGCAAUGCCAUGUCCCGUCAACACCAAGGUCUCGCCGGUUCCCUCGUCAGCACCACCGUCAACUACUCCAUCUCCCUUGGUCUAGGCUUCGCCGGUACCGUCGAUUUACACGUUAAUGAUGGCGGCCGUGAUGUCCUCAGGGGUUAUCGCGGUUCAUUGUAUAUGGGAAUUGGUUUGGCGGGAUUGGGUCUGGUUGUAUCGAUUUGCUUCAUGUUGGUGACUUGGAGGCGUUAUCAAAGGGACUUAAAAAGCAAUGUUAAUAGAUAA